AUGAAGACCUUCAAUAUCUUCAUAACUGCAAAACGAUACCAACAUAUUGACCAGUUUUUUCAUAGUUAUAACCAGCUUGCAAUUCCACCCAACAACAAGAACCGCAUGAUAAAACUCAGCACCAUCAUUACUUAUUUUACCAACAAAUUUGGCUCAUACUACGUCCCCAAUCAAUCACUCAGUUUGGAUGAAGGUACAAUGUCGUGGCGUGGUCGUUUAUCCUUCAAGGUUUACAACCCCAAUAAGCCUGAUAAGUAUGGGGUAAAGUUGUACAUGCUUGCUGAGGCAGGGACUGGUUAUAUUAUUGAUUUCGAGGUUUAUUCUGGAGUGGGCAAGAUAACAGUUGAGACAGUGAUGGGCCUUAUGCGACCCUUGUUGAACAAAGGUUAUCAUCUUUAUAUGGACAAUUAUUAUAACUCUGUCCAUCUCACUGAAUUGCUAAGGGAAAAUGGUGUGUACACUUGUGGAACACUGAGAUUGCAGCGUGGUGCCCCCAAAGAGCUGCAACAACUUGCAAAAGGUAAAUUCGCUGUUGAUCAGACUAUUUUCAGGCGCAAGGAUAACAUUUUCGUUAUCCUAUGGAAAGACAAGAGAGUGGUGUCAGUGAUCACAAACUGCCAUAAUGCUGACACCCCAGGAAGUACAGAGAAGGAAGAGAGUGAAGAAACGCGACGGAACAUCUCACUUCAGAUUGUAACUGUGAACAAACCAACAGCCAUUUGCGACUACAACACCAACAUGAAGGGAGUUGAUCACUUCGACCAAAUGGUCAAAUAUUACAGGUUCACCAGGAAAUCACAUAAGUGGACUAAGAAGAUCACAUUUUAUUUCCUUCAGAUGGCUAUACACAAUGCCUAUGUGUUUUAA